AUGCGUUCUUCAGCCAUUCUCAUCGCCGCCUUUGCGGCCACUGCUCUCUCUGGUCCAGUACAGCUCAAGCGUGCUCUCGUUACCGAGUGGGAGUAUGAGACUGUGGUCCAGACCGUCUACGUUGACGGUCCAGCUCCAACCCCCGAGCCCGAGCAGCAGGCCCCGCCAAAGGACGAACACCCUGAGGACCCGCUUCAACACUCUUAUGAGCCAUCUCCGAACAACGAGGAGUCUUCGCCCAUUCAGGUAACCCCUCCUCAACCUGAUGCUGAAGUUCCAAAGCCUGCACCUGAGUCUGAGCCCGCCCCUGCGCCUGCCCCUAAGCCUGAUGCUCAAGCUCCAAAGCCUGCACCUGAGUCCGAGCCUUCACCUGCCCCUGCCCCGGAGCCUACCCACGGAUAUCAAGCGCCCGCUCCAGAGCCUAACCACGGUUAUUCCGCGCCAGCACCUCCGGCCCCGGCCCCUACUCCAUCUGCCGCUGCUCCCAAGCCAUCUUCAGCUCCGUCUCCGCCAAAUGAGGGUGCUUCCUAUCAGGAUAAAGUUCUCUAUCAACACAAUGUCCAUCGUGCCAACCACUCCGCCACAGACCUCGUCUGGAACCAGACUCUGGCUGAUGCUGCUAAUGCUUAUGCGCAAAAGUGCAUAUGGGGACACUUCACUGAAGGCUAUGGUCAGAAUCUUGCUGCCAGUGCACCCGACGCCAAUCUUGCGUCUCAAAUCUCGGAUGGCUGGUACAACGGUGAAUUCGGUUCCUACUACAAUAAUGCCAACAACGCAGGCGCUGAAGGUUAUGAACCUAACAUGGCAACCUUCCAUGAUUGGGGUCAUCUGAGCCAGGUGGUCUGGAAGGAGACGACCUCUGUCGGCUGCACCACGUACGAUUGCCGCGGUACCAGCUUGGCAAUGUGGUACACCAUCUGCAACUACUACCCUUCUGGUAAUGUGGAUGGGUUUUACGGCAAGAACGUCGGAUCGCCCAAAGGUCAACCCACCGUUCAUGGAGAGGCUAAGCAAUAUUAA